ACUUGUCUUUUAUAUUUACAUUUCUGUUGAAUUAUUCCAUUCGCUUCGCGUAAGUUCUGCUGUUGUAAUUUGUUUAAAUGCGCGCAUAAAAUUUUAUUAAAAUUUAAUUCUGCUUUUCCGAAUUAAAUUACCAAUUGCGCCACGCCGCAAUGAAAAUUUCAAAGUCACAUAAACAAUUAGACAGGUAAAGCCCGUAACCACCCUCGAGGAUGCGCGUGUUUCGUAAUCUGUGAUGGACAAUCAUAACGUGGCAGAAGCCACGAUCACCUCAGCGAUAUUCCGCACAAUGUAGUCGCGAAAUCUCGAAUGUUAAAAGUCAGUGAACGUCUUAAGAGGACAUUGUUGGCGGCCGGUCAUUAUUUCAGCUUCGAAAUUUCGAGCGGAGUGACUGGCGAUGACGCGGUUGCAGCCAUCGCAGAGGAAGAAGAUGAAAGAGACAGCCUUCCUCGCUCGCGACAACGAAGGCGACGACGGGGAGAUGUCACGCACCGCGUGUUAACUCACCACGAAGACCUAACAAUGAAAGCGAAACCGUAGCUUCAAUUAUCAUCCGCGACUCGUCCUGUUCAGACGACCAAAGCGACUAUAUAUGUCAGAAAGCGAGCACCGCGUAGCCAGUCCAGUGACACUGAAUCGCCAUAUCUCAUUCUGAAACUUAGACCCAGACUUCACAUCUCAGAACCCUUCGUUUUGCCCUUCUCUCCGAAGAUGACGUUUCACAUCUCGCGAAGUUUAACUGUGGCAGUAAGCUGCUUUGCCAUUCUGAUUAAUUGCAGCCCGAAAUUCGAUGACGGGGGAUUUGUGCCGAGUUCCAUCAGUUACAUGGAAAAGCAGGCGAAAGCUCAGGAUCAGGUAGCUAUGCCGUCAUCUCAAAUUAAACAAAACGAUGAAACAUCGAAACGCGAUUCUGAAGUGAAUGAUAUUUCGGAUCGCGGCCAAGAGGCGCGAUUUGGUUUCACCAAUAUCGGAGGAACGGGAAGCGGCUACGGCGUGUCACCUUACGCGCCGGCGAAAAUAGAUCUUGGAGGACUUCUCUUAGGAGCCAUCAUAGGCGUGGGCUCGAUCCUCAUCAUCCCAAAGUUGCUCUACAUCCUGGGGGGCACUUACGGCGCGUAUGCGAGAAGUGAGGACAACGGCUUUACUCAGACUCUGACGAGGAUCGACGACAUCCUGGCCCGUCACGGGAUCGACACGACUUCGUGCAUGCAACGUGCGGUGUGCACGUAUUCGCAGCAAGCGGCGAGCGCGAUGGGCGACGAGAACGCGAACGAGAAGGACGAGAGGGCGACGUCCUUCGACAGGAUGGUGAACGCGAUCACUACCAACCAGGUGUUCCGCACCGCCAUGCAGGGCACGGCGAUCGAGGAGGCAGUGGAGGCCGGAAGAAGCGGCAGGAGCUGUUCGAGAUCGUAUCCGCAUUGCGGCUUCUCGAUGGAGACGAUGCUGUCUCUGCUGGCCAACGUCAUCGCGAUGACAAACGCCCGCGCCGCGAUGCCCACCGGCUCUUCGUCGUUAUAGCUUAUGUAAUCUUUGCCCUUCGGAAAAGGCGGAGGGGACAACUAUCAAAUUAGCAUAUUAAAUCAGGGGAAAAAAGAUAAGAUAAGCGCGCUUUUAGAAACGACAACUGUAUCCAUGCGGAAGUUACACGAAGAGACAGGAGAGACGGUUCCGUUAAUACUUUAGACGCGUAACACCAGGACGUAGAAUUAUUUAUCACGAGCGACAGGAGUCUCGGGAGCUUUUGCAGUAUUUUAGUUCGACGUUGUACAACGAUAGCUUCUUCUUUAUUUCGUAGAGAGUUACAUCUGUAUGUGUAUAUGUAUGAUUGGUGCGCGCGCGC